UAUGGCGUCGGUAUUUCUUGAAAAUGGGAUUGACAACUCUGCUUGUGUAGUACACUGAAUCUUCUAGGAGGAUAUGACUUGUGUAGACUAUGAUGGUCGAACUCCCUUUGCCAUGACAGUGGCUGCUUUUAAUUCCUUAGGAAGCCACAGUACCAAGGGAGCCAUACCAGCGUGUAUCUGGUGAAAGGCGUGAGGUCGCUGUCAGGGAUCAUUUAAGAAUGAAGUAGGAGAUUAAACCUUGCUGAACAUCGAAAUAUAUCAAAAUUCCGCAUCAAACAUGGCUGGUCUGCAGGAUAACAUGACGUGUGCAGUCUGCACAGAAGUUUACAGGUCACCAAAGUUUUUACCCUGUCAUCACACCUUCUGUCUAGAGUGUCUAGAGGAGUUGGCAAAGAGACAUGGAGACACCAUCCCGUGUCCUACCUGUAGAGCUCCUGCUACUGUACCGCCAGGUGGUGUGUGUGAUCUACAAGUCAACUUCUACUUCACGGAGGAAGCUCUGGAGCAGGCACGUAGUGAUGAAAGUCAAUCCAUGUGUCCUGUACACACAAAGAAACGUCUUGUAUUUUACUGUACACAGUGUCACCAAGCCAUAUGCACCAGGUGUAAGCCGACCAAACACGAGGGACAUGUUACUGAAGAUCUGGCAGACGCAGUCGCUCGUUGUAAACAAACGAUUGAACAUGAACUGGAUCGUCUUAAAUUUUCAACUCCUUAUCUAGAAAAGCAAAAAUGCCGUUUUGUAGAACACAAGAUGCAUUUAGAAGAAAAACAAGUUGCGUUAUCAAAUCAGAUUCAAGUCCGGCAUGACGCCAUUGUGGCUAUGGCAGGAAGAUAUCGUGACCAGGCGAUGAGAGAUCUUCAGGAAUUGUCAGAGAGUCUGAGGAACGAGUUUACCGCCAUGACACAGCCAGUCAUAGAGAAGGUGAACUCCCUCCUCAAACUUAAGGAACACGCAAUACACGCGUUAAGGUCAGUCUGUGACAUGGAGAUCCUGGAGGUGGAGAGAGAGAUAGCACGGGGAGAAGGAAGCGCCGAGCGGAUAAAAGAACUAAAUGCUGGGUGGCCUUCUAUGACUUAUGUUCCUGGACUCCAUGGCGAUUUCACUAACGACAUUGAAAACUGCGUCAAGAUGUACAUAGGAUUGCCAGUGAAGCUGACAAAACAGAUUGAGAACACUUACACGCUUAUUACCGAUAUUAGACCUGGAGAUAAAGAAUGUUGUGAGGUGCACGCUUUGCGGCAAAAGGAGGAUAAAAGUAUCGAGGUAUUUUAUGGGGGAACGGGAGGUGACUUCUCUAAAGAGAGGUCAGUGAUUUUCAUGGAUUAUUAUUCUGAAAAAACUAUUGCUGAGCAUGAGUACGGAAAAAGAGUAUCACCCAUCACGAGAAAAGAUCACAUAGUGGAAUGGGAAGGACAAGAGAAGAGAAUUCUUGCUUCAAAGGAUGCCGGCAUGUAUUGUAUAAAUCAGAACUGUACGACAGGUGAGUGUUUUAUAAGUUCAGUUAAGUUAGAACAAAGUGGCGAGAAGGAUACGUGGUGUUUCGGUUCUCCUUUAAUCCAUCCAGAAGUAAACAGGAUACAUAACUUUGAUGCUACUAAAAAAGGGAUGUUGUUUGUUGUGGUAGACGAAGAUAAAGAUGAAACUUCAAAUGACGAAUUAUGUAGGAAAGACGAAGAGAAGACGUGCAAAGAAAGGUCCCGUCGUGUUGUACGUGUUUAUUCUAAUCAAUUUAACAAACCUAUAGCCACCUACACACCACCAGUACAACCGUUUUUCCCAACAGACGUCUGCUUUUGGGGCGAACAGUCGUUGUUUAUUUCUGAUUGGAUGAACGACUUCGUACACUUCACAGAGAUACGUGACAAUCAGAUCACAUUUGUCAAGUACAUGUCAGUCAGUGGUAACAUUGUGCGGCCAACAGCUUUAAACCUUGAUGUUGACGGCAAACUGCUUAUUGGGUGUGGCGAUGGCUGGAUUUACCGAUAUAACCUUCGUUCUUUUUCAAUGACUUUAUGAGCAUCUAUCAAAGAAGCAUAGGCAGCAAUAAAUCAGUUUCAAUAAAGUAAAUAACAGGAGCAUCUCCUGAUAAAGUUGCGGUUCAAUCUUCCAUUGGGGGUGAUUAGGAGCAAGAAAAAGAUCUCUUGAUUAAAAAUUAGCACAGCGCUGAAGCCGUUCCCACAUAGCAUUUCCAAAAGUUAUGCCGAUGAUGUAAAUAAUGCUUGUCAGAUGAAUGGUACUUAAGAGUCUACUUUUUUUUAUUCCUUCCAUUCUUUUUCUUCUCCAAAUAAUGGUAAACAGUAUAUUUUCUAGGCAUUUCAUUUUUCUCUCACAAUAGCCAGCAUCAUUCGUGCCCCUGCAUCAGUCCACGUAGUCGAAUCACUGAGACUAGUCUUCGGCUCUCUUUUCCGUUUUAUUUAAGAAUAAACAAUGUAAAUAUACCUUAUUCAUUAGGAUAUAAAUAUAAGUAAAAAAGUUUUAUAAGAAUUGCUGUUGCCAACUGAGGUUAUUUUUUCAUAAAAUAAAUGUUUAAAGUAGUGUCUGUGUUCUUAAAAAUUACAUUGGAGUAACACCUGUCGUUUUUUUUUUUUUUUUUUUUUUGUUUUGUUUUUUUGUCAGAAAAACCGUUUAUUUAAAAAUUGAAAUUUGUGCUGAUAACUAUCGUGCUGUAUGUAUCGAACAACAUGCAUUAAUUGUAUUUUGUUAAACAGAGAGACAUGGGCAGUAACAAAAUGACAUGGUAGUUUUAAGCGUAUUCCGCUCAGAACUUUGGUCUCCUCAAGAAUAUUUUUACUUACAGUCGAGCCUACACCACAGGUCUGCAUCGCGGAAAAUGUUUCCAUACUGUUUUGAAAAUGAAUAUUUCAAGGAAUUUUCGACGGCAAAUAAUUAAUCAUAACUGUCACGUGUCGCAUGCUGGCUCAGCUCGAGCUUUAGUUCUAGAGGGGAGGAGGGGGUUGCUGCUUCACUGUAAUCUGACGCAAUUUUGUUUUGUGACAUUUUUUGGCGGGGAAAAAGGAAAAGAAAGAAACAGAAGGAGAGCGGUCACCAGGGAGAAAGGAUGGGCGGGGAAAGGAAUUCCGUUGUGAGAACGGAGCCUUCCUGAACUGUGAGAAUCCGUUGAUAGAACGGAGCAACGUUUAUCUGUGAGGCAUAUGUUUGUGAACAUUCGAGUGAUAUUUCAGGGUACGAAUGGAGAAGGGAGGGAGUAGUGCGUGGUAGAUGUAGGUGUCCCCUUCUGUCCUCGACCCAUCGGUUUUUUUUUUUUUGUUUUUUUUUUUUGUUUUUUGUUUUUGUUUUUUUUUUGUUUCCUCUCUUGUUCCUUUUAUAUCAUUUGUUGUUGUUGUUUUUGUUUUGUUUUGUUUCUUUUUUUAUUAUUAUUAAACGUGUAUUUGUAGUGAUCUCACGUGUGUAUGUCGUUUGUUUUGUACUGAAGAGUGAUUGGAUCGGUUGCUACAUGCGACAAUAACUAUAAAUCAAGAUAUGACUUUACUUUGAAGACUUGUGUCGCUCAAAGUCGAAAUAGUCUGGCAAACGAAUUUCUGAAAUAUCUCACAAAAUUGAUGUCACAGCAAAUAAAGAUGGCGAUCUGAUCGUAACAUAGAAGAAUGACGAUCAAUUGGCAAUACGUGUCAAAGACUGAUGUAAAUACAAAUUAGGUAACUUCACAUAGUAAUAGUGUGAGGGAGUUUAGUGCUAGAUGUGUUGUUCUUUUUAACUAGAAAGUCGGACCACACUUGAUCAUUUGUUUACAUAGUAUAACAAACAUCUUGUUAAAGAGAAAGAAACGUCUUUUUGUGCAUUUAUUGACUAUGAAAGAUUUUAUAAGAACAUUUCUUAUUAAACAUUGUUUAACGUAGAUAUUAGAGGAUAUUUUUUCAAGCCACAAAAAAUAUGCACAUCAAGGCCAAAUCUUGCUUUAGGGUAACCCAAUACUGUUCAGGUUAUUGUACGGCAAGGUGAACUCAAUGGCCAUUGGUUUAGCUUUGUUUUUAAAUGAUUUAAAGUCCUAUUUGUUCAGGAACAUUAUUGAUCUGCAAUCUUUUUCAUGAAUAGCAAUUGGUGUCAAAAUAUAUAAUAAUGAUGUAGAAAGUCUGUAUCAGAUGUUCCUAGUUUUGUAAGCUGAUGACACUAAUAUGUUCUGAAUCUGAAAAUAUUUACAGGACGCUCUCACUGUUGUGCCAGGACAUUGUGCCAAGUGGAAUUGUAUGUUAGUGUGCCCAGAGGGAAAAUAUGUAAAACGCUUGUUUAAUAGGAAAAUAUCAAAGUAAUAAUUGACUUAUUAUUUGUAGGUGUUAAACUCAGUCAUAACCAUCAGUUAUCACUGGCUUGAACAACGUACAAUUGUACAUGGUCGAGCACAUCAGGCAAUGUUCUCACUCCUAUGAUCAUGUCUAAACUUUUACUUACUGCAGACGUACAGGUGGGAUUAUUUUCUAAGAACAUUGCGCCUAUAUUAUCAUAUCUUUGUAAAGUGUGAGUUUUGGUAAUUGUAAUCAUCAUAUAACAUUAUACUUAUGCUGCUAUGAGUAUUUUCUAUUUUUACCAAGAACAACAAAAUUCCUUGUAAACGGUACUUUAGGAGUUUAGUAGGUUUUAGUUUUAUGUUAUUGCACAAAUUACGAGGCUGUUGUCGAUAUGAAUUAGUUAAUUUUUCGAAUGUACCGAAAUUUUCUAAUAUUGGUUAUCGGGUUACUUACAACUUGUUUUCCACUAUUACAACCAAUUCAGAUCAUGUUAUUGCAAUUGAAAAAAAAUUAUUGAAUAGUUCAAGGCUGUCGUGGAUUUUAGACCAACAGGGCGAUAUAAACAUUUAUACACACUGGCUUAAAUAAGUUAAGUAAAUGUUUAUUAGACAUGUAUACCCAAAUAAUAGUGCUUUGAAUUGUAUGAAAGGAAUGUCUAUUCGACUGAAAUAUUAUUAAGCCUCUUUCUCAUGUGAAAACAAUAUCAUCCUAUUACGAAUUAAGAAUUUCAAAUAACAAUUCUUUGAGUUCACACAGUGAUUGUGUAGUUUACUGAGAUCCUAACUGCACCAUGCUAACUAAAGCUUGUGAUAUUGAACAACAUUCUAGUUUGUGAUUACUUUAGAAAUGAAAGAGAAACAUUAAUACCUGAGUAUUAUUUUAAUAUCUUAAUAUCUUACAUUUCAUAAAAGAUUACUUGUCAACUGUUUACAGUACAGAUAUGAUUUUCUACCUCAGUACACGUAAUGAUCUGUUCAGGCCUCUCUUAGCCCCCACGGGGAUUAAUUAGGAGCCUAAUUAGCAUAUUAAUUAAAAGCGCUGGCUCCUACGCAGAUUCCUCUCUGCCUGCCCCAGAGCACUGACCUGAAUCUGUUGGUCCAUAGGUAUGUACAUCUACAAACCUCUGAUUGCUCUAACCCAGGGUUACUUACCGUACAACAUGGCGGAAUCGAGAGGCGGUACUAAUCGAGUGAGAGAAAGACAAAGAAAAGUGACUGGAGAACUCAUGCAGAAAAAAGCUUUGUGUCUGGCAGCGGCUGGAGGAUCGAAUGAUUUCCAAGACACAAACGGCUCGAAAAAUGAAUGAAACGUCACAACGGUCACCUGUGAUGGCUAAACACAAUGUAUGGAUAAACAAAUAGAUACUGUGUGUGUAUUAUGAUCCAUUGUAGUGUUAUCAGGUCAGUCAGAUGAUGGAUAAGCUAACGGUUUUGACAAAGAUAGUUGAUAAAACUAUCAAGGGCAAAAAUCUUACUAAAGAUUUGCUUUCCAAAAAAUAUAAUACUGGUUCCCACACACUCUCACACACACACACACAAAUCUUGUGUACGUCUUGCAGACAUGAAGGUUAAACCGGUAACUCCGAUUACAUGUAUUUUUUUUUCUUUUCCUGUUGAUAACAAGCCUAACUCUAAAUUCUUAACUCUAAAACUCUAAAAAAAGCUCUAAAAGUCUCUUAAAACUCUAAAUUGCUAAUUUUUUUCUUUAUAUUAUUGAUAUUUACUCGUUCAUUGAUGCUCAAAACCUAAACUUCUGUCUGAACUGCACAGGUGUUUGAAGCCAUGGCUUGAGGAAUAAAAGCAGACUGGUUUAUCUGCCUGUUAGGAGUAAGAAAAGGUGAUUUCGAUGGAUUAUACCUAAUCUUAAUACAGAGGUUUUACUGUACUACCCGCCAGGAGGGCUUUACUUAAUGAUCUUCCAUAGAAUAGCUUUCUUUUGACAGUUAUAAUAAACGUUAA